AUGAAGUUCACCGCCGCAAUUCUCUCUGCCCUGCCGCUCCUUGCACUAGCUGCGCCAACUGCAAGUCCCGCCGCAGUCACCGCCGCCGAUGCCAUCGAGCUCGAGCUCUUCAAGAAGAGUAUGCUCGAGGGCUACGGCAACCUCUUCAAGAAGGGGAUCCAGGAGCGCGAGGCCGAGGGCGCAAUCGAGGCGCGCCAGUUGUUCAGCUCAACCCGAAACGAGCUGACCGCGGGACGCUGUGCCGAUGCCAUCGUCAUCUUCGCCCGUGGUACCACUGAGACCGGAAACGUCGGAACCGUGCUUUCGGGCCCCCUUUUCCGUGCCAUCUCCGAUGAGACGAACGGCCGCGCUAUCUUCCAGGGUGUUAAUGACUAUCCCGCCGAUAUCGCCGGCUACCUCGCUGGCGGAUCCCGGUCCGGUGCCCGGAACAUGGCCGGGCUGGUGACGCGGGCCAGGUCGCAGUGUCCGAGCGGAAAGGUCUUCAUGAUCGGCUACUCGCAGGGAGCCCAGGUUACGCAUUUGGCGGGAGACCUGAUCCCCACCGCUGACCGUGCUGCUGUCGGCGGUGUCGUUGUUUUCGGUGACCCAAACCGUGGCGAUCGCUUCCCCGGUACCUUGAACAACAAUGUCCUCACAAUCUGCGACCUCGCCGAUCCUAUCUGCUACGGGAUUCCUCUACCCAUCGGCGAGCACCUGAACUAUGGUCCUGAUGCACCCCAAGCGGCGCGCUGGAUCGCCCAGAGGGUGUAGAUAUUUUUUUCUGUUCCUAACAGUCAUCUUCUUUUGUGGAAAUUGUGUUUUUGAUUUUGAUGAGGUUCGGCGGGAUUGGACUCAAACCUCUUGACGGGGAAUUGGGGGCUGGAAGAAAAAAGGGUUGCCGAAUUUUUCCCUCCGGUUGCGGAAACUGCAAGCAUAUCUACUGUAGUUAGCAUCAGACUGGAGCAGUAAUCCAACUUUUGUUGUUAUCUUCUCAGAAUGGUCCGGAUCAUCGAGCAGAACGCUCAAAAAUCGUGGCAUCACUCGAUUAUGCUGAAGCUAGUCCCUCAAGCCCCUCUCAGCCGCACGCAUAAGUCGCUGUACCGGCAGGACCGACCAAUCUAACUGUAGGUACGCUUAAAAUGCGGUGUGUGCGGUGGCGGAGUGGUUCUCCG